UCGGCGGUGGCGAAAAUCCUGUUGUUCAAGGGUAGCGCGUGAGCCGACCUACCGGAACACCUGUACGUUUGCUGAAUGGAUAUUAACUGCGUCCAACAUCGGUGGCGGUGGCUCCGUGCACGCCGAGCCUGACAACCCGGACGCACGAGUGACUGCGACCAGUCGCACGCUUCGGCGACGUAUCCCAGCCGGGAGGGAUGUCGUUUUCGAAGAAAGGUGCUUACGGCCCCUCCAACCGUGUCUCCGAGGGCUUCCUCGCUGCCACCAUGAAACGCAGCCAGUGCAGGAAAUUUGGGAUGGCCGUUGUCCUCGUGGCUUUCCUUGGACUCGUGUAUUUCCUGAUUACGAGGGGAUCCAGCGAAAUCAGCUACUCGCCCGUGGACGUCAGAGAUUGGCCGCUACUUUCCUACGGCUUGAUGAGAACUCCUGCUGAGUCUCAGGCAAGGCACCAGGACGAUUCACCUCGAUCCAGGGUCGACAAGAACGUCUUUGACUCUACGAUGUUGACCAGGACAGAGGACAGGCAUGCAGCCAUGCUUCGGAAGCUGCAGGCCACCAUCGUCGGCCUGCGCAACUUUCAAGUUCACCGCCUGCGAGCGCUUUUCAAAGCUGGGGGGGAUGGUCCGGCAAUCCUUUCCAAGUCCAGGGAGUUCUUGAGGAGCAUGGAGCUGGACGUCAAGAACAUCAGGGAGCUGGGCGGCGUGAAUCGCAGCGUCGCGUCCAACAUGCUCAAGCUACGGAACUAUGUCCGGGAAAAGAUACACGCGCUACAGAAUCCCACCGAUUGCGGCCGCACGCCCAAGCUCCGAUGCCUCCUAGACAACCCGCACGGAGUGGCGGCAGGCAUCCACGAUGUGCUGUGGUGCUUCGUGGCGGCGCUUCGGAUGGGCCGGACGGUGGUCUUGGACAGCUCCCAGUGGCAUUAUGCACCGGGGAAGGAGUGGGCAAAGACGUUCCUGCCGAUAGCCGGGCCUUCGUGCUCUAACGCUCCAAAGAACAACACCAUCGAGAAGGGCUACCCCGGCUACGAUUCCGCGCCCAAGGAGAGGAGCCAGAUCUUGGACCUACCUUCCACAAUUGUGGAGCCCCUGGUGGGCAACCACGGAAGCCCGUACGCCUGGUGGUAUGGGCAGAUAGUGAGCUAUGCCUUCAGGCUUCAAGACUCGACACUGCGGAAGAUAGAGGAGCUCAAGGCAGCCCAGGGUUACGCUCACCCCAUCGUUGGGGUUCACAUCAGGCAGACAGACAAGAGCAGGGAAGCCGCCUACCACUCGGUCGAGGAGUACAUGUCCCACGUGGAGGAGUUCUACGCCGGGCUCUCACUCACGGCCCCUGUCGAGAAGAAGAGGGUGUUUGUGGCCACGGACGAGCCCAAGGUCGUCGACCAGAUCAGGAAAAAGUUCCCAGACUACCUGGUCAUUCACAACAAUUUGUCGUCCAGCCAGGCACACGACCUGGGUGUCCGAAGCAAAAGCUCCUCACUCUUUGGAGUGAUCAGUGACAUCCAUUUGCUCGCAGAGUCUGACUUCCUGGUGUGCACCAUGUCUUCAGGGUUCUGCCGGGUGGCCUACGAGCUGAUGCAGGCCCGUCACCCCGAUGCGUCGCUGAUGGCCGCCUCCCUGGACGUGGAGUACUUCUAUGCGUACGUCCCCUUCCCUCCUCGGAGGACGCUCCAGCCCAACGUGCCGAGCUUCGCCAGCGAGUUGGGAUGGUCCGGUCCGGGCGUGCUCAUCGAGCGGCCAGGGACCUUCGCAUCGCUCGACGAGGCCAAGUUCAAGAAGAACGCCGACGGCUUCGUCGCGGGGCGCAUCGCGAAGCACGCCGCGGUCAAGCAGAUGACCGUCUUCCCGGUCUUCAAGACCGUGCAGACAUACAGGGUUGCCAACUACAGCGCCUUUGGUACGCUGCCUCCGUCCUAGCGCACAGCUUGUGCGGGACGCAGAGCCAGUCGGCGGUAUAUGGGCAGUCUUCUUCGGCAGUCGCCACCAGGCAUUUUAUCCCAAGUGCUGUCCCGGCGUGAAAUGCGGGCCCUGCGCGUUGGCCUCUCUGUGGCAAUUGUCGGUGGCUGGAGUGUGCCCAUACGAUCGUGGUCCCUCGAUUUCCACCGGACGACGUCGUAAAAGCGUCGUGCUGUCGCCUGCCGCGAUCUUGGGAUCGGCACGAUGGUGGAGGCAGAUGUGGCAGACGCGAGUUCAGCUGCGGGUCGCUCUCCAUCUUGGAACUUCUCAAAGCUUUGGCAGCCAGGAGAUGGGAUGCGGCCAACUGCCAGGAUUGCAGUGUCCGAGAGCAUGACACGCCGGCUCGCGUGACGUCGUUUGUUGCCACUUCAGAACCGCUUUCAAUGCAGGGCCACCGGUUGGAGACUCGUUUUGGCCACCAUUGCACGGCGUGGAGAGGCGAUUUCGUCCGUCGGAAUUGUUGGCCGAGAACGUGGCGCGUUUAAAAUGCGCUUUUCCGAUGGGACUUGUUUUCUUAUGGCGGGUAAGCUUGUUAGGAACAAACGACCGGUGAAUUCCUGUGGUCGUUAUGGGGUGAACUAGGAGCAGUUUUUUCCUAGUUCCCUUCUCUUUGCAACCAGAGACAAACUCUUUUUUUUUUUCGUCGGCAAGUUGUGACCGGUAUCAGCAGCAUUUUCCUGCAGUCUUCUUUGGUGUAGAGUAGUCUCUCUUUUUUUUUGUACUGUCACACUUCAGUUGACCCCCUCUGCCUCGCCCUUCCCUUGUCACAAGAGCAUAGCUCUUGUGACGAGGGAAUGCUGUCCGGAUUCAUUUUUGGGUGGAAACGUUUCCACAGAAGGUGCUGAAAUCUUCUGUAUUUUUCACAAAUUCAUCUGUAGCCACCAGAUUGCUGGCCCUUCCUCGGUUUUGAUCUAAUGGCAGAAAAACUGACAGGCAGAUGAGACAGCUGAUAAAAACACAUAAUCUUUGUUGUGUAUGACCUUCGGGAAAAAAAGAUAACAGAGAGAGAAAGAAAUGCACACUGACCACUUUCGGUCUCCACACAGAUAGCCUGCUUGGCAAGGUUAGUGCUCCAAAAAUACCAUUACAAUUUGCCAUGACUCCAACCACUGUGUAAGAAUUUAUUUUUAGUGUUUUGUUUUUGGGACUUUGAACUGUUAUUGACUAUACGCAAUACAUGGUAGCUAUGGAGUGCGACACUGCGCUGCUACGAUUAGGUUCCCCAAUGCGUGUCCGUGUGAAAAGAAACCAGAUCGCAGUAAGGGUGCACAAAUUUUUAUUGUGGCAUCGGUGCUGGGUCAAGUAAAAGGCGCAAAAUGCGAGAGCACAAUAACUAGUGCAUAAUUUUCUACUCUUGGAACGUGCCUACCUCAUGAAAUGUACCAAGUAUGACAUUCUAAGUAAUUCACUCGGGUGUAGUGAUUUUUAUUAUGCUGAACAAACAAAGAGCUGCAGGCCAAUGGCAAAUAGGGAAGAUAUGUACAGACUUUAGGAGAAUUUUGUCACUCGGGAUGGACGGUACAACUGCAUCCCUUUGAGUGAACACAGUUGUUUGUGGACUUUGUAUGCCACUCCCCUGUGUGGAAGGCUUCAUGAUUUAUUUUCUUCUGUUUCAUUCUAUCAGUGUACAUCUAUUCAUCGACGUGAAUGGACAAUGUAACUUCAGUACUUUCCUAUUCCUUGCUAUGUCUUUAAGCAAGUUGGAAAGGAGUUUUCAGGGUUCUCUCACUGGGGUUGUGCAGUGUCAUCAGCUCAGGUAUUGCAGAUUAGAAUGUUUAAAUCUGAAAAAAUUAAAGACGUUUACAACUCCCUAGAAUGCUGAAUUAGAGCACAGCUUUUGAGGAGGAGGAGGCAAGGGUACUGAGGGGAGCUUAUGCCCCUCCUCCCUCCUCCUCACCUCCUCAUUUUCCCUGCUACUCCUCCCCUCCUGUUCCUCGUCACCCUCCACCCCUCCUUUCCUCCCCCCGUCCUCCUCCCCCUCCUCCUCCCUGCACAGUGCACUAAGGGAAAUGUCCCAUAAUGCAAUGCGCUGGACUCGGGACGUCACGAGGGUCACGUGACGUCACGAGGGUCCCGCACAGUGCAUUAUGGGAAAUUUCCCAAAAUGCACUGCGCGGUUACGCCAACAGCGACGCCGAUGCCACUCAAGCCGGAAACGGGCACCUAAGAGCUGCGCUCUAAAAUUGUUGACACCUAAAUCAUCACCCCAAAUUAUUUUGUGUUGUGAGAUAAAUGAAGAAAAGUUGCACAUGUUCCUGUCACAGAUGCAGAGUUUAGUUUAGUUUGAUUCAUAUAGCUAUUAAGCUUGCUGAAAGGAGUCUAUGGUACGAGCAGUCCUGUGGCCAUGCUAUAUAUCAGUUUCUUUCCCACUCUUUAAGUUGCGUUGCAAUGAUAUCAAAGCUUCUGUAAGUGGGAUAUUCCUGGUCAACUUGUUUAGUCUUCUGCGAACGGCCGCGCACACUAUUUGUGAGUACAACAGCUACACUGUAGAACGGGUGCCACCCUUUGUUUCCUUUAAAUUUCAGGAUGAACCAAAGUGUAGAAACGUUUUGCUAGGCUGGCUCAAGUAAAUAUGCAUUCCUGAUCGUGCAAAACCAAUCUAUAUUUCUGUUAGUAAAUGGGUGCCUGUUAAGGUUGUGCUAAGGUUGUGUAUUAGAGUGUACAUUUUAGAAUGUUUUGUUACAGCAAUUUCUUCCUUUGUACACGAGUCUGGAUCAUUUUUCAAGUUCUGUAAACGCAGGGUUACAGUGAAACUUUAUCAGAACAGGUAUUGGCACCAGUCGCAAGGCAUUGCAUGGAGAACGAAAAAAAAAAGAAAGCUGGUUGCCUUGUCUUUUUUUGUUUUGCAAAGGUGUUUACCGUUGGCUUUAAUGCAUUUCAAAAGUCUGGCAACUACAGUCACUGUCAGCUUGAGAAACGUGGGGCGUGGGCUUGUUACGUUCAAGCCUCCUGCCUCAUGAUUGGUCCUCCGGCGUUUUCAUCGGCCGGUGCUGCGACCUCAUUGGCUGCAGAGCAAUAACAAGGCACUGGGGACCCACCAAGCCCUUCGUUUCUUAAGCUUUCCGUGAAUGCAGAAAAAUGUGUCGCUGAGGUGUAAAGUUUUGAGAAUUGUCAGGUUUAUUCCUCUCCCUGCGCCACCUCUGUCGAAAAUGCGCUUCCUUACUAUGACGCGCUUUUGGGGUCAGCACCAGGGGAUGUGAAGACGGGAGCAGAAUGCGGCAAAUCGCUGUGCCUCAGCGGCCCAGCGUUUCCGGAAGCUCCUAGGGCUCGUUUUAUGGCAUUUCUAGACGGGGAAGAUGUUUUGACUUUUUUAUGCUAUCCUACUUGCUGGUAGUGAUUUUUACGCGGAUUGUGUUCAUAGGCUCAUUCCCUAUGAGAGAACCGUUGGGUUCCAGCGUCAGAUUCCAGCGUGACAUCUCACUUGUGGGGGCCAUAGCCCCUAGGGCUCGUAGUAAUGUCAUGAUGUCACGGUCACAUGACACUUUGACAUCAUGUGACAGUGACACAUGACUGUAAUAUCAGUGUCGCAUGACAUGAUUUCAUGAUUUCGAUUGGACGUCUUGCAAUGUCAGUCACGCGAGCUCCCGAUGUUACCCGACAUUGCACACACACAUGUGCCCAGCUCAUUUGCAACAGAUUCUGUGCACCUCUAAGUGUAUCGGGUAUGAUAAGGCACACAGAUUUCUUUUAUUGGCAAGGAACAAAGCUUUUUGUUUGUUUGAUGAGCAGCUGUGAUGUCUAGUGUGGCUAAUUAAGCUGAUUAAGGUUGUCAUUCUUUCUAAUCGAUGGUUCAUUUCCCACUUCCCAACCUGCAUAAGAUAAGGAAAUUAAGGGGGGGGGGGGGGAUGUGCAAAACCAACAUAAAGCAUCUGUCGCAUUUCAGGAGGGUACUGACGAUCAAUUCAGACUACAAUGGGCUCUUUAUUUCUUUGCUGAAGGAAAACACGCUGAAGGAUGCUGCUGAUGAUAUCCAAUAGAGACGUGCCUAGAUGGUAACUUGUCAAACUUUGAUAAGCCAGUGGUGGUCACGGUGCUUGCAGUAGAGUUCACUUUGAAUUUAUCAGUUGAUACCUUGGAUAGAUGAUUGCAGUUUAUAUAUAACUAAGCUUGGUGUUUGUAUCGUCUAGAAAUGUGUAUACUGGUAAUGCUGGCUGGUACCAACAUAUGAUACACCAGGAUGCUUCUGUUUUUUUUGUUUCCUUAUUGUUUUAUGAGAUUACUAGUCACAUUUUAUUCUGUAUCACUUUACUGCAUGUUAUGCAUCAGACAGCUUGUCUGUAUAGCUCACAACAGCUUCUACUUUACCUUGGUUGUUUAACGUGUAGCUUUGUGGACUACAGGUUGUAAUGGUUCGAUAACUUUGUGUUUAACUUGUAGCUGCUAAUGAAGGAAUGCAUAUUCAGUUAGUAGCUCAAAACUUGUGCAGUUGUCUAUGCAUUCAGAAGGGGAGGGUAUUCCCUUUCAGACGGUCACAGCACUUUCUUUGUAUUUAACCACUUCUGAAAGUAUGCAUAUAGAUAACUGUAUGUUUUUUGCUUUCUCUUAAUUUGAAUGUUUUUUUUUUACAUGUGAUACAUAGAUUGCCUUAUAUUAAAAUGUUAAUUGCAAAACUA